AUGGUUUUCAAUGCCACCGCCGUGAUGGACACACUCACACUCUCGCAAGAGACACAGGAAAACAUCAGGGCCAUAUGCUUGGAGAUGGGCAGCGAAACAUCUGAGAGCUUAUCCGGCAUUGUCGAUCUCAGUUGGGACAACCACUCAUUGGCAUCUCGAGCUCCUUCGUCUCCGGACACAGUGGCCUUCUCCUACUGCCUGCCCUCUACUAUUGUUGCCCAGGGCUUCCUCUCCAUUGGCGCACCCCGGCCAGAACGCUCCCGCCACUUCGUUGUCUACACCCCCUUAUGGACCAACACUCUACUCCCAAACAUGUACAUUGUCCGGCUCACCAAACUAGAUGUUAGCGGGGUGGAUGUCAAGAUCCCGUAUGCACCGCACGCCGGCAACGCGAUGUUCGUGCUCGACACCACGUUCACCUACCUGAAGCCGGAGACCUAUACGAUUCUCCAUGAGCAGUUCAAGUCGCAAAUGACGGAGUACCGUGUUGCGCCGUCGAUGGGCGACCUCGACACCUGCUACAACUUCACUGGUCUGACAAGAAUGAGUAUGCCAUCCAUCACACUAUGGUUCGAAGGAUGGGCAUAUAUUGUCCCCGGCAUGGAACAAAUGAUGUAUUUUGGGCGUCGGGGAGAUAUCUUCUCCGUUGGGUGCCUCGCAUUUGCUGCGGCAUCGGACUUACCACCGGGGAUCACUGCGGUCAUCGGCACCCUGCUGCAGGAGAGGACAGAGGUGGUGUAUGACGUUCAUGGAGGGAAGAUGGGGUUUUCCCAUAAACAAUGCUGGUGA